AUGAGUGAUAGUGUAGAGCUUCUAGAGUAUCUUCAAAAAAAUUACAAUACUAAUUUAAACAAAAGAGAUCGGUUUGGUAAAACACCACUUCAUGUCGCAUGCCAAUAUGCCGCUUCAUCAAGUUUUAUUAUGAAAACGGUUAAUAUGUUUCGAUACAAGGUAUUACUAGAAGCUGAUUAUAGUGGUUGCUCUUCUCUUCAUUACUUAUGCAGUGGAUUGGUUGAUAAAUACUGCAUUACAGAAGUGUAUAAUAAGCUCACUGCACCAUGUGAUAUACCUUUAGUCAACAAAUUAGCUACAUUUAAUGAACAAACCAAGGAAGAAUGGCAGAAAUGCAUAGUAUCACUAAAUAUAAAUAUUAAUAAACAACAUGCAAGAGUGAUCCUUCUGUCUACACUUCUCAAGCAGACAAGCGUUAUUAAUAAUUUCGAUAUAAAUUCUAUUACUGCUACUGGUCAAUCAUUGGUUCAUUUAGCAUGUACUAGUGGUAGUAUAUUAUUAGCGAAGGUAUUAGAGGAGUAUGGUAUUAAUACAAGUUCAUUAGAUUAUGAGGGUCGGUCUGCAGUACAUUAUGCUGCUUUAUCAGGUUCACCUACUCUACUCAGUUAUACCGUAUCUCAGUAUAGCUUGAAUGCCAGCCAACCAGACUAUAAAGGUGUAGUACCAUUAGCAUUAGCUUGUAUGUCAGGUAGUAUCAAUGCCGUAGAAUAUAUUAUCAAUACUACUGACAUUGAUAUUAAUAUAACCUGUGAUGAAGGUAAAACACCUUUUCAUUAUUCAUGUAGCCAUGGUCACCUUAAAUUGAGUCAAUAUCUAUGUGAAGUACAGGGCAGUGGUAAAGCUGAUGGUUAUAGCAUUGCAAGUGGAAAUAUGAAGCUGAUCCAAUACCUCAUUGAGAAUCAUCACUUGCUUCUCACACCAGAAUUAUUUCUGCAUGCUGUCAAUAGUGCAAAGCUGCCAUUAAUUAAAUUAUUAAUAGAUGAGUACAAGCUAGAUCCUCAUGUUAAAGGUAAGGAUGGUAAAAGUGCAGUUCAUUCUGCAGCUCAAACUGGUGUUAUUGAUGUCUUAGACUAUCUAGUAAAUGAUUGUAGCUGUGAUUUGGAUGAAAGUGAUGGGGACAAUAGGAAUAUAUUUUGUUUUGCUACAGAGGCUGGUCACUAUCCAUUUAUUAAAUAUAUCAUUGAUAUUUAUCCAAAAUAUCCUAGUCUAUUACGUUUGAAUAAUGAUGAAAGUGCAACACCACUUCAACUUGCCUGUUCUAGUGGUGUUGUACAACUAGUGACAUUUCUAAUUGAUAAAAUGAACCAUGAUGACAGUGCUAAGAAUAUGAAUAACCUCAAUUGUGUCACAUGGGCCUGUGCUUCUGGUAAUCUUGAUCUUUUAAAGUUAUUAAUAAAACAAUACGAACAUAAUCCAAGAAUAUACACUAAAGUAUCACCAUUGAAUUUUGCAGCGAUGUAUGGACAUGUUCAUAUACUGGAAUGGGUCAGACAAGAGUAUCAUAUCAAUGUAGUUUCAUUUAUGGAAGGUGGAUUACCUUUUACUGCUGCGCAUUGCAAUCAUUUGCAUUGUUUAAAACAUUUAUUAAACAAUUAUUCAUUUGAUAUUAAUACCGUUGAUGAUACUAAAACUACAAUCCUUCACAUAACGUGUCAGAAAGGACUUGUUGCUAUAGUUCUCUACCUCACUAGUCUUCCUCAGUGCGACGUAUCAGCUAAGACUUCAAAUGGAUCAACAGUUCUUCAUUUAUCAUGUAAAAGUCGUUUUCUUCCUGUACUCAAACAUCUAGUGGAGGAGCAUCAGUUAGAUCUCACUAUUAAAGAUUACAAUGGAAUGGCUCCAGUUCAUAUAGCCUGUGAAGAAGGAUCAUUGAGUAUAGUCAAGUACAUUAUAGACCAUUCACCAUUAUCUCUUGAUAUGACCGAUUCUUUUGGACGUACUCCACUACUUAUUGCAGCUUUCUCUAAGAACCUUUCCAUCAUUCGUUACCUCAACAGUAAAAACUGCAACAUUUCUAUACUGGACGAUAAAGGGUUUAACGUAAUACACAUAUCGGCAAAGGGGGGGUCUCUGGAUAUAUUGAGGUUUUUCAUCAAUGGUCUUUACUGUAACCCUGAUAUCACUGAUGCUUCUGGUCGUACUCCACUUUAUCUCUCAGCUCAAGAGGGUCACUUGGAAAUAGUAGAAUACCUAUUAGAUAGUCCAAGCUACAAUAAACCACGUGUACAAUAUAUAGACAUGCCAGAUAGCAAUGGUAACACAGCACUUCAUGCAGCAUGCAGCCAGGGUCAUCCUGAUAUAGUGUUUACUAUAGCAGAAGCUUACAAGUCUCUUAAUAUUGAUAUUUAUUCAAUUAAUGAGAAGAGACAGACUCCAUUACACUUAGCAGCAGCUAAUGGUCACGUUAAUUCAGUUGUGUCUCUCUUAUCAGCCACUACUGGUACUACAAAUCAUGUGAAGCUCCUUGGAGCAGUGGAUGAUAAUGGUUGUUCUUCUCUUCAUUUAGCUUGUCAAAAUGGUCACUAUAGGAUGGCACUGUAUCUCUCUGAGGUGUAUCCAGCUAAUAUUUACAGUGUCAAUAAUGAUGAAGAAGGAUUGCUUCAUGGAGCUGCUGAGAGUGGUAAUAAGGAUCUAAUACAACUCCUAGUAGAAUCACACGGUCUUGAUCCAGAGUCACAGGAUAAAGAUGGAGUGACAUGUCUACACAUAAUAGCAAAGCAAGGAGAUAAAGAGAUAUACGAGUAUCUUGUACCUCGUGUUAGGAAUAAUCCAACUCCUAAAGAUAAAUCUGGUCGGUCUCCACUUCAUUACGCUAGCAGACAUUAUGAGAUAUCAGUGUAUCUCAUUCAAUCUUUUAAUAUUCAUCCUGAAGACAAAGACAGUAAUGGAUUCACUGGUCUUCAUGCUGCCUGUCAAGCUGGUAACAUGCAAUUGGUACUACAUUACUUGAAUAAACUAAACUGCAAUCGUUAUUUAGAAACAUACAACUCUAAAGGUCUCUUGUAUUUUGCUUGUUUGAGUGGUCACUUGGAAAUGGUUCGUAUUUUAAUAGAAAAGUAUCAAUUGAAACCAGUUCAAGGAGACAUCGAUGCAGCCCAAUCAAUCAAAGGAGGGGAGUCUAUAGUCAAAUUGAUGCUCAGACGCUUUUACUUUGUAAAAUUAGUACGAGAAAUGAUUAAAGAGGCAGAGAGAAGACAAAUAAUGCCUAUAGCUACUAAAACUCGUCCUUCAUUUUUAUCUUGA